AUGGAUUCCAAAGGUAACGUCCGAAGUGGAAACAAACCUGACGUCAAGACCCCCAGCUCUGGGAAGCCAGAAAAGCCCAACCCUGGGCCUGCCACGAAUGCAGACAAGAAGGAGGUCCCCAAGGAGCAGCCAGCUCCUGCCACCGCCACCAAGAAGGCGGGGGGUGACGCUGCUGUCGCCAACAACCACAGCAACCUGAAACCCAGCCCUGCCACCACGGAGACACAGGAGGCCACCGGCCAGUCCCCUGACUCUGACCACAAGGGAAACAGCUCUGAGGAGUCACCAGGCAGCAUCUUUGACAACAUGAAGCCCUUGCUCAUCGCGGGAGGGGUGGCGGUGGCCGCGCUGGCGGUGGUUCUGGGGGUGGCCUUCCUAGCCCGGAAAAAAUGA